CUGUAAAAUUUUAUGCACUUAGAUUUUCCCGCGAAUAAAAGUAAAUAAACCGGACAAUGUAGAGAAGCACAAUGCUUUCUUGACGAAAAUUACGCAAUAUGGAUCCUGCAGAGGUUGAAUUUUUAGCAGAAAAAGAACAGAUAACAGUUGUCCCAAACUUUGCCCUGGAUAAAAUAUUUUUGAUCGGAGGAGACAUUGGUCCGUUUACUGCUGGACUGCCGAUUGAAGUACCAUUAUGGAUGGCAGUUAAUCUUAAACAAAGACAGAAAGCCAGGAUACGUCCUCCAGAAUGGAUGGAUGUUGAAAAAUUACAAGAAAAGAAACAGGAAGAAACAGAUUCAAAGUUCUUCACUGAAAUGCCAUGUAAACAUUAUAUGGAACUGACACAGUUAUUAUUAAAAUACGCUAUGGAUGACAUACCCCAUGCUGAUGAAACAAGGACGCUGAUAAAAGAUAUCUGGGAUUUGAGAAUAGCUAAACUACGAAGCAGUAUUGACACAUUUGUUAAGAGUGAUGCCACACAUGCCAAGUUGAACCACCUUACUCUGAUGGAGCUGAAUACUGUACGACCGUUCCUGACUAAAUCUCUGGACCAUCUUAAUAUGUUACGGACAAAUCUAACAGGGGGUGUGCAACUAACUCAGGACUAAGUGUUAUUGUUUGUUUUCUUGUACUUUAUAAUAAUGUAAAUGCCUCAUUGUUGAUUAUACAGAAUAUCAAACUACAUUGGAUAAAAGCAUCAUACUGUUCUCAAAAAUAUUAAAAUUACAAUUGAGUUAUACAUAAUUCAGACAGUUAUUUAUUCACAUGAAUCAGUGAGAAGUGAAAGUUCUAGUAAAUUUCAGUUUCUUUUAUUUUUAGCUGUACAAAAAAGGUGGAACUUUAUAAUGAAAAUAAAUUUUUCAUGAAUUAAUUUUGUUUCAAAUCAUAAAACAAAUAAAUACAACAUUUACUAUUGUAAUUGUGAAUAUGAUUUCAUUCUGUAUAAAUACAUUUAUUUACAAGAACGAGAUUGAGAUAAAAAGUA